ACCGCGGCCCCUCCUCGGGGCAGGCCGGCUGCAUGGGCAGGAGCUGCGGGCAUUGCGGGCGCCGCGCUUGCCGCUCCUGGGCGCCAGUUUAGAUUACUGCUGAUUUGAUCCUCUGGAAUCUGCGAAAGGAAAGUUUGCCAGCCUCUCUGAAUAGCUUUGCAGAGUAACAGGAGUGGAGUUCCUGAGCAGAAUCGCUGAGAGAUAUGUGAACGAGUGUGAGCAAGGCUGAGGACAUUGGUAUUUCUGCCUCAAACCUGGGCUCAUUCCCCAGGCACAGUGUCUGUGUGUGGGGUGAAUACCCUUGUGACACCUGGAGAUGAUGUCGGUCGAAGGGUCUACGAUAACAAGUCGGAUCAAAAAUCUACUUCGCUCCCCUUCCAUUAAGCUGAGGAGAAGCAAGCCUGGGAACAAGCGAGAGGAUAUAGGCAACAAGGUGACUUUGGAGAAAGUGUUGGGCAUAACUGUGUCAGGAGGAAGAGGAUUAGCCUGCGACCCCAGAACUGGCCUCGUUGCUUAUCCGGCAGGGUGUGUUGUUGUGCUGUUCAACCCUAGGAAAAAUAAGCAACACCAUAUUCUAAACAGUUCCAGGAAAACAAUUACAGCACUUGCUUUCUCUCCAGAUGGCAAAUAUUUGGUUACAGGAGAGAGUGGACACAUGCCAGCAGUUCGGGUAUGGGAUGUGGCUGAGCGAACCCAGGUGGCGGAGCUCCAGGAGCACAAGUACGGUGUGGCCUGUGUGGCUUUCUCCCCCAGCUCCAAGUACAUUGUUUCAGUGGGGUACCAGCAUGAUAUGAUUGUCAAUGUGUGGUCAUGGAAGAAAAACAUCGUAGUGGCAGCCAACAAAGUCUCAAGUAAAGUGACAGCUGUGUCAUUCUCAGAGGACUGCAGUUACUUUGUCACUGCUGGAAAUCGACAUAUCAAGUUCUGGUACCUGGAUGAUAGCAAGACCUCCAAGGUCAAUGCCACAGUCCCCUUGCUAGGUCGCUCAGGAUUGCUUGGAGAACUGAGGAACAACUUCUUUGCGGACGUGGCUUGUGGAAGGGGCAAAAAAGCUGAAAGCACCUUCUGUAUCACAUCCUCAGGCCUGCUCUGUGAAUUCAAUGAAAAAAGGCUGCUAGACAAGUGGGUGGAGCUGAGGAAUACAGACAGCUUCACAACCACUGUGGCAAACUGCAUCUCUGUGAAUCAUGACUACAUCUUCUGUGGCUGCGCUGAUGGCACCGUGCGGAUUUUUAACCCUCUGAAUCUUCACUUUGUAACCACGCUGCCGAAGCCACACUUUCUGGGAACAGACAUCGCGAGUGUGACUGAGGCCAGCCGUCUUUUCUCUGGUAUGGCUGAUGCGAAGUAUCCAGACACGAUUGCCUUGACAUUUGACCCCACCAACCAGUGGCUUUCCUGUGUAUACAAUGACCACAGCCUGUACGUGUGGGAUGUCAAAGACCCGAAGAAAGUGGGCAAGGUGUACUCUGCUUUGUACCACUCUUCCUGUGUGUGGAACAUUGAGAUGUAUCCAGAGGUGAAGGACAACAACCAGCCAUGCCUCCCUCCUGGCUCUUUCAUCACCUGCUCCUCUGACAACACCAUUCGUCUGUGGAACACUGAAAGCUCCAACAUCCACGGCACAGCCCUGCACCGCAACAUCCUCAGCAAUGACUUGAUGAAAAUCAUCUAUGUAGAUGACAACACUCAGGUACUUCUGGACACUGAUUACAACUCAGCAGGAAGUGCAGAGAAAGCAGAUGCACAAGUGAUGGAUACGAAGGUGGGGAUACGCACUGUCUGUGUGAGUCCCAGUGGGGAGCACCUGGCCUCAGGGGACAGGAUAGGCACUCUCAGGAUAUAUGAGUUGCAGUCUCUGAAAGAAAUGCUGAAAGUGGAAGCCCAUGACUCUGAGAUCCUGUGUCUGGAAUACUCCAAACCCGACACAGGUUUAAAACUCUUAGCCUCAGCCAGUCGGGAUAGACUGAUUCAUGUCUUAGAUGCUGGGAAGGACUAUAGCCUGCAGCAGACCCUGGAUGAACAUUCUUCUUCCAUCACUGCAGUGAAGUUUGCAGCCAAUGAUGGGAAAGUGCGAAUGAUAAGCUGUGGGGCAGACAAGAGCAUCUAUUUUCGCACUGCGCAGAAGACAGGAGAAGGGGUUCAGUUUACCCGAACACAUCACAUUGUUAGGAAAACCACUCUCUAUGACAUGGAUGUGGACCCAAGCUGGAAAUAUGCAGCUAUUGGAUGCCAGGAUCGUAACAUCAGGGUUUUCAACAUAAGCAGUGGGAAGCAGAAGAAGCUUUACAAGGGAUCCCAAGGUGAAGAUGGCACUCUUAUCAAAGUGCAAACAGAUCCCUCUGGUCUUUAUAUUGCAACCAGUUGUUCUGACAAGAACCUGUCUAUCUUUGAUUUCUAUUCUGGCGAGUGUGUUGCAACCAUGUAUGGACAUUCAGAGAUUGUAACUGGGAUGAAAUUCAGUAAUGACUGCAAACAUCUGAUCUCUGUUUCUGGUGACAGCUGUAUCUUCAUCUGGCGUCUGAGCUCAGAGAUGACCAUCAACAUGCGGCAGCGACUGUCUGACAUGAAACAGAGAGGGAAGCAGGCAGAGAAGUCUCCUCCUCACAAGGCAGCUGGACUCAUGAGGCACGAGUCCAUCUCUGCCCUGUCCUCUGUGCCUGCACUCUCAUCAGACAGUGACAAGGAUGGUGAAGAUGAAGGGAAUGAUGAAGAUGAGUUACGUGGGCUGCAGUCUCUCCACAUUCAAUCCAACUGCAACACUGAGAGAGACUCAGAUCCAGACCUUACCCUCUCAAGAAGCCUUUCCCAUUGGGAAAUGAGGAGGGCCAAAGAGAUAGCGGCAAUCCAGCGCUCAGAGGCUCCGAUGAGUAAGAUGCCCCGGCAACGUGGGCGCUGGUCCCAACCAACCAGCAACAUAGAGAUGACCGUGAAAUCCAUGCUUGACUUGCGUCAGUUGGAGUCCUUCUCUGUUUCCCGUUCUCCAAGUCGAGACUCGCUGUCUCAAAACAGCAAUGGGGAUGACAGAGAAGAGCAUGCUGGCCUUCCUGUGCACAUCAACAAAGUUAGCAGCUCAAUACCUCCCGAAGAUAACGGGUCUUGUGUGCGACCCCAAGUGAUUCGGCUUGUGUCUUGUGAAGAGGGGAUUUUCUCUCAGGAGCUGGAACCUUCAGAGAGUGAGGAAUGUGUAAUCUACCCUGAGCAAGAUGAAAUCCAUCCCACAGACUCUAGCAGUGAGUUCCAGGUAAAAGCAUUGCCCCAUGGGAAGCUAUGUAGAGGUUAUCACAGUAAUGGAUGCCCAGACAAGCACAGUCCGGACAGUGCUUGCUCUGUAGAUUACAGCAGCAGUCGUCUGUCCAGCCCAGACCAUCCAAAUGAAGAUUCUGAAAGCACUGAGCCCUUAAGUGUAGAUGGCGUUUCAGACCUGGAAGGAGAAGAAGGAGAGGAGGAUGUGGGUGCUUGCAUGCCGGAGGGAGAAAUUCCCCAGAUACCUGAUCAGGAAAAGUUCCUCAAGGAGCAUUUUGGGACCCUGAGCAACACUGAUGGAAAAGGUGGCUCAUGUAGGAAUCUGGAAAGAACUGAAAACCUCAGCAUUUCCUCUCGCUUUCUUUCCCAGUCCCCGGCUCUCAGACGAUUGUCGCUCUCUUCCUCAAAUCUGAUACUGGAUUCAAAGCCCAUUGAGCUGCCAACCCAGACCAAUCAGUUUACACCAGACUUAUUGAAAAGUGCCAGCAGCCACCCUGAUGAUGCACUGGAGAACAGCCAGCUUCUGGAGCGUGUAAAUUCAAAUCGCGCUAUUUGCGUGCAGAAAAGACGCAGAUCGGCUUUGGAGGCGAGCAGAGUUGAUAAGGGUCCUGGAGUGAUAUCCUCUGCCAAGCAGCGUCCUCAGACUCUUUUGGUGGUCGAGAAGGAUCCCAGACCUAACAAUUGCAGGGUGUUAUCAGCCAGUAUGUUGAAGAUGGAUGGAUCUGGUGCUCUGCUGGCCAAAGAUGUCAGGGCUGCAAAACCAAAGUCCUACAUGAACCCCACAACCAGCUUCCGGGCUAAGAUGUCAAGGAGCAUAUCUGUAGGGGAAAAUCUGUACCUUAGUUCCUCCACUGAAAUGUUGACUGAUGGGAGGACUAGCCCUCCAGUGACAGAGAAGACUCAAGUUAGUUCCACAGCAGAUGCUGAGAAGAUUAAGCUACCAGUGAAAGAAAAUGUUCCAGUGAAACCUACACUUCAACCAGUUGUAAACUGCUCAUCUCCCAAGUCCUUCCACAGCAAGUUGGCAUCAUCAAACCGAGCACAUCUGAUUCUUGACAUUCCCAAACCAUUACCUGAUAGACCCACAUUGGCCUCCUUCUCACCCACUACCAAAACAAAAACCUUGCUUGAGCCACAGUCUCCACAGUCACCAGCUGGGGCCUCUAAAAAGAAACCUUCUUUUCCUGAGGUCCGAGUCUCCAAGAGGGAGAACCAAACUGCCGGGUCUCUGGUUCCUAGUAGAGAGAUCCCAACAGGGCUUGUUAAGGAGAGCCCAGUGGAUUGUUCAGUCUCAAGGACAGAUUGCCAGGAUGAACCAGGGGUCAGUAAUCUAAAACUGAGAGAGUUGUCAGAGGGCCAGCACCUAAGGUCUCCUGAGGGCACACUGCCCAGGUGCAGGGAGAGGAUCACCGGCAUCGCCUGUGUGCUAGACAACCAACCUGGACUUUGCCCACUAGACCCCAUCAGGCCGAGGUCUCCUACGUCUAUAACUGCCUUGGCACAGGUCUCAGAAUCAGGCAUCAGCAUAGAGCAGUGUGAGCACGUGGUAUCCGAGCUCCAGGACAGCAUGCGCAAGGCCAUUCACCUUUACCGCAUGGUGUUAAAUAAUACAGAAUCUUCUACUGACAAAGAUAAAAUAGCAGGCCUCCUGACAGAAACAUUCUCCUCAAUGAAGAAAGAAUUGGACUCUCUGAAGGAUGAGGAAGAGCUUCCAAAGGUUGAGGAGGUACUGGAAAAGCCACAAGAUAACACUAACCCAUUGAAUGAGGGGUGCGGUGCCCAUCUACCGAGUCCCAAGGGUUUGGGAGAUGAGCAGACACUAGCUUUGCUGGAACAGUACUCGGAGCUAUUGCUACAAGCUGUGGAACGACGCAUGGACAAAAAGCUCUAGGACGGGUGGCUUUCAGGUGUUUGUGUGUACACAGAAAUAAUCCCAAGAAGAGGACCACAGAGAGAGCUUCAGACCGAUGCUAUCAUCACACUGGUCUAGGGCUGAUGGGGACACCGUUAUAAAUGGAUUUCCUCAGGCUCCUACAACAGACUUGCUCUAAUUCUUAGCAAUGUGCUGGCCACAGUUUUAAUAUUUUUUUUCAACUUCCCGUCUCUAAACAAAGUCUUGAAAGAGGAGUUUGGAGAAAUUGCCUUGAAGUUUCUUCAUAGCCAGUCAGGAUGUUUGGCACUUAAAAAAAAAACAAAGAAAUUCCAGUUUAUCCAAGAAAUUCUGAACUGCUGACUAAAAGCAAAGGAGUCCAAGUGAAGCCAAUCCUUUCCUCUCCAAGGCUUCAGGAGAAUCAAGAAGCAGACUUUUUCUGGGUUUAUUUAUUAAUUUAUUUCUCUGACUGUUCCUCUGUGCCAUGUUUGUGGCUGUUAUCUUUGUCCUUUAAAAGAACUGUCAAUCCCUUUGCCAUAUCCCAGCGAGAAACAAUCUCUGUAUUAUAAACCUCCAACAGGGAGACAGGCUGGAGUGUCUGUGCAAUUAAUGAACUGUUCUCUGCUUAAAUCUUGUCUUGCUGUUCUUUCUUUUCCUGCCUUAGUUUUGUUAUCUGCAGUAAUCCUGCUGUUGUUUGAUGACCCUGUCUGCUUUUCUUUUGUUUCAAGACAGUCCCCACACUGUAUUUUAUCUGCAUUCACUUCCAGGGGAAUGCUCUGCAUCCCUUGGACCAUGCUUUGGAGAUUACUUUAUGAAUUCGUUAGUGGUAUUUUUUAUCUGAAGUUUGAUGUUAUAUUGAUACUUCAGACCAGGUUUUCUGCAGAUAUUUAAAAAUGAGAUUUAGAUACAAUACAAAAGUCUGUUUCAGCCACUUUUCAUAAUUAGGAAUUGGAUAUUGACUUUGAUGUUGUCAUGACUAGGAAAUUUGAGGUGAUGAUUUAUUUGUUGAGAAGUGACACAGAAAAACUUGUUUCCAUCUCUUGCAGUGUAACUCUGGAUCUGAGAGAUCUUCAGUGUCAUGACUCAUCCAUGUAAUUUGUUUCAGUGUGAUAGGAAGAUGUUUUCUUCUUGCCUUUACAGGAAAACAGAAUAUUUACAUCUGAAGAAAGUUGGGAUUCUUUUACCUUUUGUAAAGCUAUUUCAACUCCCCACAGAAAAUGAUUUCCCAAGAACUUCAAACAAGAUAUUUUGGGGUGUGAUUACUACCAUUACCCCUACCUCCAGCCUCUUUGCUUUUCAUGAACUUCUGGUCUGAGAAACAGAAAAUCUUCUCUUCUUGCAUUUGUGUGUGCAAUAUUCUUCUUGCCCUGUGGAGCUUCUCUAAGCCUAUGCUAACUUGUGUUUGUUGUGGCUUAAAACUGUCCAGUGAUGUUUUCAGGUCAAUAAUAAGCUAAGAAAAAAAAAUUUUAAACCAAUGAAAUUCUUCAGCACCUUCCCCCUUACUCCCACUCCUUUCAAAAACAAGGGCAGAUACACAAAAUGUUUUAUUUCUUCCAUCUGCUGUCUGUCUUGCAUUUAUUUUAAGGCAGAGCAGUGUAAUCCUAGUUUAUAAAACUAAUGCAAGCCUUUGGUGAGAGAGAGACUGCCAUCAUCUGUGGAAGUCAGUCAAAGGCAGCCAGACUGCAUCACUCGGUUACAUAGGUUACAUAGGUUGGAAAAAUUUUCUUUCAUUUUACUGUCCUGGCUAUUGUUUCUCUGAAGCCCUAUGGCACUUGGAGAUGUGGUCUGUUGACUUCUCUGUCUUUCUGUGACUGCACAUCUGCAGUGCAGCCUUUUUUCUACUGGGCUGGCCAGACUAUUGUAGGAUGACCUAUUUCUUCCAAAUAACUCUAGAGCUGAAUAAUCUGCAGUUCUCUCUCUCCCCCUAAUAGGUUUGCUGCCUGAUCACCACUGCUGAGUGCUUCAGGACAUGGGAGUAUGGGAACACUUUGAGAGCUUUCCAGCUGCUUCUGCCUGUAAUUUAAAUCUGCCUAAUCAUGUUUCAGGUGUCCUUGCUAACCUUCCUUCCAUGGGCUUGUACUGAAACUUUAAAAGUGUUAUUUUCUAGUUCUGUCUCUGCACUGCACUGUGCUGAAUCAGCUGGUGUGCUUGGUCCCAUGGGCAGCUUCUCUUGCACAGACAGGUUUUGCAAAGGAAGGCAAGUUGAAAACCAGAGGGGAAAUGUCUGGCGGUUUCUUUGAGUGAAAAGGUCUGUUGGAGAGGCCGCGAGUGGAAUGUAUGAUGACAGUCAUAUUGGGUCUGUGAUGGGAGUUAGUGUGGAUCAAGCUUGCUUUUGAGGUGACCAGUUCCUCCACUUUCAGACUGUGAACAUAUGUCUUAGUAUACAGGAAAUCUCUUGCUAUACUAGGGCAAUAAGACACUCAGGAAAAAUAGCAGUCCCUUCAAUCUAAGUAUCUUUUGGUACUGUUGAUAACGGUUUGAGGGUUCUUUAUAUGACUUCCUUGUGCAAUUUUAUUCCAUUUUAUUAUUUAAACUUUGAGGUAGUGACAAAAAAGUCAGAGAUGGUACAGAAGAGCCAGUGGUGAGAAUGAAAUUCCCAUUAAGAUAAAGAGCAACAACCAGUAAAGCUGACAUAGAGAUGUGGAACAAAGCUCCUUGGCAAUGAGUCAUGUGAAACAAAUCUAGUUUUUAAGCUGAUCACAAUGGGUUUUAUUUCUGGGAAUGGAUUUUGCUCAGGGUCGUGGCUGUAUACAGGAAACCAGAGGUAAAAUCUGAUCAGAAUGAUGGUAAGAGAAGUGUCAGGCAAGUAGAUCAGCUGGAGAAUAGUUGUGUAGUUUAAAAUAAAUUUAGAAUAGUAUAUGUAGGAGACUCGGGAAAACAGAGUAGAAGUAGAGAGUUUUGGCCUGAAGAACACCAUUUGGCCAAUACCUGUGAAAGGUAGAGUACCGAAAGGCUUUAGGAAAGUAGGUUUAGGACUUGGAGUUGAUGGUCUGUAAUUGAAGAAUGAAUUGGAAGGGGUUUGUUUUUAAAAACGUCCUGUUGGGCCUCUUGUUUCUUCUCUUGCUGUUCUCUAAGCAACUGCUCUUUUCUCAAAUGGCAAAGUUGUGGCUGUUUGUUUAAGGCUUUGAUGUUAUGAAUUGAGUAGUAGAAGCCCAGUAAAGGAGAUGCUGGUGCCACGAGUUUGUUGGUGAGAGGGAUGAGGAGCAGUGUUGCUCUUUAUAAUUUGAGAUUGAUCCAACUGAUUCUUCCCUACUAACUUCCUAUUGCUGGCAGUAGGAAAUAUUCCUAAACAUUCUAGUUUACAGAACAAAGAGAUAUGUUUCAUUUUGUUGCACCUUGUGAGUAUGUUUCAUCACAGGCUGUCCAUUGGGCCGGUAGAGAAAUGCUGAAUGGUAACUGCAUGGGAAGCAAAGAGACUUGUCAGAGGAGGUAAUAAAUUUGAGUCUAUCCUUCUUAAUGGUUUAUGAUCCUCUUACUGAUUUGUGUGGGUAUUAGCACAGACACAAGAUACCCGUGUUAAGACAAGGUAUUUGUUUAACAUAAAGCCUGUAAAAAUAAUUUGGACCUACCUAUCCUCUUUGCAUACAUUUUUCCCCCUCCAACCUAACAUUCCUGGUCAAAAUGAGAAGUUGUAGGGGAGGUUUUUCCAUCUUAGAAAUAGUACUUCGUUACCCGUGGGACCCCUCAGUUCAUUCUAGGGCUCUCUAUUGAACUGGGCCAAUAGAAAGGGCUGCAACCCGAGAGAGCAGCAAACUCUCUAUUUCAUGCUGCAGGCGCAUAACACCCUCCUCCCCAUCCCGCAAUUGCACCCAGGAGCUGUGGAAAUGGGAAUCUGCAUUUCUUCCACCUCCUCUCUCAGGUUGUCCCCUCCUUUCCAUGCAGCCUCCCAUGUGAUAACUGGGCCAAGGCUUUACAGCAGCCCCGUCCCCAGUCCCCCGUUUUGCAGACUUCAUCAUGACUCAGAGGAAUUGAGAUGUUUCUUUCUGGGAGUAGAAACAUACCAAUUAAAUUUUUAAAAAAGAACGAAUAUGUAUAUAAAUAUAUAUAAGAAAAAAAAAGAAAUGCAGGUAUUUAAACACCCUUGGUAAAUUCAUGCAUGUAUACAGUGUCUCCCCCCACCCCCAUCCCUUUGGAUGUGUAGCAUCCAGGAUACUAAAUGACAAGAAACCUCAUUAAAAUGGUAGACAGGUCGUUUAGCAACCCCGGAGAGAGCACGUGCUUCCUUCUCUGGGUAAGUCCAGCGUGUCCCAUGUUUCAGAUCGUGUGUGCGAGUAAGCGGGGUCGACUGGAGCUGUGUUGGUGUGUGUAACCUGCUGCGCGGCGCGGCGGAAGCCGUGUGGGGCAGCAGCGUUAGGAACAAGCCAUGUGCACCCCGUGUGCCCUGCGUGCGCCUCGCACCGGGCAGGCACCUCCUCACCUGUGUUCUCCGACACUGCCCUUUUCCUUCACCCCUGUAAAAAACGAGACAAGCAAACAAACAAAAAAAAAAUCCCUCAUGCUUUAUUUAUAAAUGUGUGUUUUUAUACUUUUGGCUUUAGGUAAAGUACUUUUUUUUAAUUAUUAUUAUUUGGAAAAAAUAAAAAUUCGUUUGUUGGGUUAUUUUGUUUUUGGUUUUGCUUUGUUUGUUUUUGUUUGUUGUUUUUUUUUUUUUUUGCACUGUGAGGCUCCCCCGGGAGCAGUUUUUAACUCUGUAUUCAUUUGUACUCCGUGUCUUAAACUGUUUCAAAUAAACAAGUGACCAUUUGUUACCGA